UUGACAGUUCAAUGUGUCAAUGAACUUUGUGAAACUGAAGAAGUUUUGCUUUUAUUUGUAUUUGUAAUAAUUCUUGAAAAAGUUUAUAGAACUGGUUCAAUAAUUUAUAACAUCACUAGAGAAACUGUGGCGUAUCAAUCCACUUCCCCAAGAUGGGUCGGAAAGUAACAGUAGCUGUGUGCACACUCAAUCAAUGGGCGUUAGAUUUUGAAGGAAACUUGAAUAGAAUACUGCAGUCCGUGCAGGAGGCUAAAGAACUGAACGCGUUAUAUCGCACAGGUCCUGAAUUGGAAGUAUGUGGGUACAGUUGCGAAGAUCAUUUCCACGAGCCAGAUACAUACCUCCAUAGCUGGCAGGUUUUAGCAGAAUUACUAAAGUCGCCAACCUGCAAGGAUAUGCUGAUAGAUGUUGGCAUGCCAGUUCAACACAGAAAUGUGACUUACAAUUGUCGCGUAGCAUUCCUCAACAAACAAAUUUUGUUAAUCAGACCAAAGAUGAUGCUUUGCGAGGAUGGUAACUACAGGGAGUCCAGGUGGUUUUCAUGUUGGACCAAAGAAAGGCAAAUAGAGGAUUACUACUUGCCUAGAAUGAUAACAGCAAUCACGAAUCAGACUACGGUGCCUAUCGGAGAUGCGGUGAUCGCGACUAAAGACACGUGCAUAGGAUACGAAAUUUGCGAAGAACUGUGGAACCCUCAAAGUCGUCAUAUCCCCCUAAGCCUGGACGGCGUGGAGAUCAUAGCCAACGGUUCCGGCAGCUACAUGGAACUGCGCAAAGCAUACGUCACCGUAGACCUGGUCAAAAGUGCCACAUUCAAGAGCGGUGGUGCCUACUUGUUCAGCAAUCUUAGAGGCUGCGACGGACAGAGGAUUUACUUCAACGGGUGUUCCUGUGUCGCCGUGAAUGGAGAGGUUGUUAGCAGGGGAUUGCAGUUUGCACUGCACGAUGUUGAGGUAAUAACAGCCACAAUAGACCUAGAAGACAUUCGGUCGUACAGAACUCAGAUUAGAUCCCGGUCACACUUGGCCGCGUCCAACAAGCCGUUCCCGCGUAUCACUGUUCCCUUCGCGUUGUCUGAUGACGAUGACGUACACCUGACAACCAGCCCACCGAUAGACUGGAAGUAUCUGACGCCAGAAGAAGAAAUCGAAUUAGGCCCAGCUUGUUGGCUUUGGGACUACCUCCGCAGGUCAGGGCAAGGAGGCUUUUUCUUACCCCUAAGUGGCGGUGUGGACUCCACGAGUACCGCUUGCAUCGUAUUUUCAAUGUGCACACAGAUCUGUGACGCAAUACAGAAAGGAGAGAGUCAAGUUUUGUACGACGUUCGGAAGAUCCUCUGCCAGUCUGACUACACGCCAUCAGAUCCUAUGGAACUAUGCAAUAGGUUGCUGGUAACGUGCUAUAUGGCUUCAGAGAAUUCUAGUCAGGAGACUAAACAGAGAGCUUCGCAGCUCGCCAGCGAAAUAGGCAGCUACCAUUUCCCGAUCAUGAUCGACUCGGCCGUGAGCGCAGUAAUUGGCAUAUUCACAACUGCCACUGGUCUCGUGCCGAAAUUCAGGAGCAAAGGCGGCUGUGCUAGGCAGAAUCUGGCCUUACAGAAUAUACAGGCACGUUUACGGAUGGUGCUAUCGUACUUGUUUGCUCAGCUGAUGCUAUGGGUGCGAGGCCGGCCGGGCGGCUUACUCGUACUCGGCUCGUCCAACGUAGACGAAGCCUUGAGAGGCUACAUGACCAAGUACGAUUGCUCAAGCGCAGACGUCAACCCCAUAGGAGGAAUAUCCAAGACCGACCUUAAGGCGUUCCUUCAGUAUGCUAAAAGCCGAUUCUUCUUGCCCUCACUAUCGGAAAUACUCCAAGCGCCUCCCACUGCGGAAUUAGAGCCGCUAACUGACGGUCAGAUAACGCAAACUGACGAACAAGACAUGGGCAUGACGUAUGCAGAGUUGUCAGAGUUCGGGAGACUGCGCAAGACCCAUCACUGCGGCCCCUUCAGUAUGUUCCACAAACUGGUUCACACUUGGAGCGACAAAUGCACGGCCCAAGAGGUCGCUGAGAAGGUGAAGCAUUUCUUCCGGUGCUACGCGAUCAACCGACACAAGAUGACCGUACUGACACCCUCGUACCACGCGGAGACUUACAGUCCCGACGACAACCGGUUCGACCAUCGCCCGUUCCUCUACCGCGUGCAUUGGAACUGGCAGUUCAAGGCCAUUGAUGAUGCGGUAACGCAAAUGUCAAAGGACAAACGCGGAUCGCUGCGAGACGGCGACCGUAGCCAAGUAAAUCAAGAGCUCGGUAAAACCAAUAACGGUAGUGCACUUGCGCCCAGUGUGAAUGCACCCUUGUAUAUGCGUAGGAAAGGAGUGCUAAUAUAGUCACUUGCUUGUUUGUUGUGUGUCGUUCAUCAUUUUUUACUGCUUGUGUAUGCUUGAAGACUAAGAGCUAGUGAACGCCAGACCUACGUCAUUUUAUAAAAGCUGAAAGUUUGUCAGCGUAUGCUCCCAAUAUAGGUUAAAAUGCUGGUGAAUCAUGAAGUUUGGGUCAUCGUGGCUUUGGCAGCUAUCCUAAAAAACUGUCAAAACUAUUUGGCUGAUGUGGAAAAAACUUAUAAUCAUUGCCCAAAUAUUAUGCAUAAAAAUCUGAAUUUUUGGUAUAACGACGUAGGUCUGGCGUUCACUAGCUCUUAGUCUAUUGGAUUGAAACAUCAUUGUGGGGCGCUAUACCUAAGCUGAUUACUCUGAAUUGGGCGGUCAAACCGAAUGUCCAGACGUUAUGCCAACUCGCUUAAACAUGUAUAGCGCCCCUGAAAGUGUAGUGCCACGAUAUUUUAGGUUUUAACCCGUGGUUAGACUCAGCAAAAACUAUUUUGUUUGGCUCCUAACUUCAGGCAAUAAAGUUGAAAAGAUUUUUUUACUUAAUGACUUUAAUAAAUAUAACCUGUCUGUUCAAGGAUUAGGUUAUCAUUUGAAUUUUGUUUAUCAUAUUCAUAUUAAUUAAUGAUAACAACAACAACUCUGAAUGUGAAAAAGAAACUUAAUCCAACUUUUUUGCUUUUUUAAAAAGUACUUUAAUCAUUUUAAUAUACAUAAUAUGUAUAGCACAUAAGAGCCAGUCUUAAUUUGAACAAACAACUACUUUUAAAAUUACGACUUAUUAAAUAAAUACCGUCAAUAUACAUAAUUAUGUAAUUAUGUCACAACUUUUUUUUUAACAGUGUAUGUUUGUUCGAGUGCUUUUUGACAUGC